GUGUAGCAUGCCCCAUCCGCCAUCCGGCCCCUCCUCGGACAUUCUCUACUGAAGCAGGCCGGGAAGCCCUGAUUACAGUGGAAGCAGACCAAGGUCCAAAAUCUUCUCCAGUCCUCUUCGCUUUCAGAUUUUCCCCCGGUCUCACCUUAAGCGUCAUUGCGGGUGCGAGACCUCAUAAACCUAUGCUUUUUAGAGAAAGUAUUCUUAUUCAGGGUGUGCAUGACUUCCCAGCAAAGGGGAGAGAUCCAACAUUAGAGUCUUAGUGGCAUCUGGAAGCAUUGUGGUUGUUUUAAAAAUGAUUAUUCCUGUCAUAAUACGCUUUCCUUUGGCGAACAGAGAAGAAGCAUGCAAUAUUUUACACUAGCCCGCCUUUCAAAUCCGCGCUGGGGCAUUGUUUUCUGUUCUACUGACCUUUUAUGCUAUCUAAUCAAGAAUUACUCACUGCACCUUUCAGCAACUUUCCCUAUUCAUCAUGAGUGCUCCGAAAAUUUACAGUCUGUCUGUCUAACUGAGCUAAUCUCUAAUUAUAUUCCUUGCCAUUCGGCUCAGGAAAUUUCCCAACCCCUGCGUGCAUGUUCGGACUUCUUCCCAACAUUUCGGGCAGCCAAACCCACUCAGGGAGCGCAGCAAUGCUGAUAAAUGAACUGACACGAGGGUCACGUGAUUCGAUUUUACUAUUGAUGCGUAAAUUCUAGGAACCCAACUAAUGACCUCGAUGACAGGAAGUCUAAAGACCUCGCCACAGAGCCAGUCAGCCCUGACGCCGUACGCCAUGUCGAUUCCAACUCGGCUGCAUUGAGUCAACGCGGAACUCAUAAACAAUGGCGGACAAAACGAAGACAAGCACGCUUCGGCUUCUUGUGGCGCUAGCUCUGGUGUUAUUACUCGUGUAUUGCGUGUCAUUGAGUGCCUUCGUCGUUUAUUUGAUGCGAGAUUACAACGAGUUGAGACAUCACAUCCAAGAUUUGCGGGGUCGAGUUAUUUUAUUGGAGGAUGGAACAGUGAACGCCGUAAAGACAACUAUUUCGCCCUCAAGUACCCAAGACAAGCGUGAUAACAAGGACUCACGACCUCAGAUGACUGAAAUUGUUGAUGUCAAGAACGUUUUCCAUGAGAGGCGCAAACGAAAAUCUCCUGACGCCUGUGCGCGGAUCGUGUGCCCCUCGGGACCCCCCGGAACUCGAGGACCGCCAGGUCAAAAAGGAAGAAGAGGAAAGAGAGGACAUCCAGGUGAUAACGGUCCACAAGGACCGGUUGGUCCACAAGGUUCCCCGGGACCUUCCGGGCCACCCGGUUUUAAAGGCGAAAUAGGCCAACCUGGACUGAAGGGAGAUCAAGGAGAAAAGGGAGAGAAAGGGCCCCCUGGACUUAUGAUGCCAGAGAGUGCUCACUUGGUUGGCGACGGAAAGUUAGUACAUCAUGCUGGUACUGUUCAUCGUUGGAAGGAAGGCCACGUCAAUGGAAGUAUCUUGUACAGACGACACGUGGGUCACCUGGUGAUCGGUCGUUCUGGAAUGUACUAUAUCUACAGUCAGAUGUAUUACUAUGAUUGCACUAGCUACUCAAUGAACCACUACACUGUUUUGAACGGAGUCAAAAUCCUCGGCAGCGUCUCAAGCACAGUGAAUUGCGAAAGAAAGUACAACACAAACUACCAGGGAGGCGUUUUUCAUCUAAAUCGAGGCGAUAUUCUUAAAGUGGAAGUGUACAGGAGUAAGCUUUACUACAUGGAGGCUGCCUAUAGCUACUUCGGAGUGUUCAUGUUGUAUCCUGACCCGGCGGAUAUGGAGAAACGCGAUAGCUCGCGUGCUCGUACAACUAAGAGCAUUCUGACCUCGUUCGUGGUUCUAAUUCUGGCGAUUUUUGUCGUCCUAGUCACGGUCGUUAUCGCGACUCUGUACCGCGUUACGCUGCGGCAGUCUCAAAGAGUUCAAUCGCUAGAAGCAGAAAGUGUCGAAGGGAAUGCUCGUCUUCACAAGUUAGAGGCCAGUUUCGCCGCUCGGAAAAUUGAUGAUAAAUUUGCGGGAGAAACAAAUGCGGAGGCAGAGGAAAGGACAGAAAAAGAGAAACGCCUGGGCGACAAGCAAAUGAGGUUCCCUCUUCCUCAAACAAGGGGUAGACGACAAUUUUACGGUUAUGAAGCAGAAAGUGACGGUAUCAAAUGUAAAAGACGCUGCAAAGGGAAGAAAGGAGAAAAGGGCGACCAGGGCGACCCAGGCCCUCACGGACCGACCGGGGCUAAUGGAACCAAUGGAAGAGCAGGUCCCCAGGGCCCACGCGGAGCAAAUGGUCUCAAGGGUGACAUAGGACCUAAAGGAGAACAAGGUCCGCCAGGACCUCCUGGCCCGUCCGGAGUACUGGCAGGGGAAAGCAUCCACCUGGUUGGAAUAGACGGCAAUAUCAAAGCUACUAAUCACCUUAUAACCAACUGGAAACUAAGCCACAGGUUUGGCAGUAUCGAUUAUCAUGAGUCAGGGGGAACCGUGGAAAUCAAAAAAGAAGGUUACUACUUCAUAUACAGCCAAAUGUUUUAUUACGAUGGCUCUACAAUUCAGAUGGGUCACUUGACGUACAUCAACAAUAGAAAAGUCUUGGAAAGCAUGGCGAGUGUUAUCAACAAAACGAGAAAAUUCAACACAAAGUUUCACGGCGGAGUGUUCCUGCUUCGAGUCAACGACACCAUCUCUGUUCGCGUGCCGUACACGAAGUACUACCGCAUGGAAGCGACUGGAAGUUUUUUUGGGGCAUUUAUGCUCCACCAUGCUGACAACUAAGGCGGUGGGAGUACGAAAGGUGUUUGUCCCAAAAUCCACUUUAACUUAAGCUCAUUGUGCAUUAGUACUGUGCAUAAUUUCACACUCGUGAUAAGCACACAGAUUCAGUUAAAACAUGGAAGCUUCAACUUCAUAACCGAAGCUCGCCAGAGAGGCAGAUCACAAUUUACUAGUACAAGAGGAAAACAGCUAUUACACAAAUGCGAGUUUUUUGAGUCGCUUUGUAUCUUUGUUAAAUACUUGGUAGAAAACAUACACCAGUAAAUUGCACUACCACGAGUUAAAUUCUAACUAGAAUUCGAGAAAUCAGAAAAUCUCACUAACACGGUGAAAGUUGCUUUACACAUUACAAAAACAACCUGAUUUACUAACUAGAAUAACUCACGAGAUUUGAGUGUUCGUGUCCGUAGUCGUACCCUCAAUACACUCGCUGUAAAUAAAUUACGGAAAAUA